CCCUAGAAGCCCGCGGAGGCAUAACUGCAGAAGGCGAGGGCGGCCUCGCCGGCGGAGGUCCGCGAGCUGUUCGAUGCGCUCCCUUCGCGGCGCCUCCGCGGCUCCGCGCCGCUGUCUCUCUGUUCGCCCCCGCCGCCGCAGCGGCAGAGGGCAAGUGGAUCGCCGCCAGGGUCCUGGAGGCGCACGCCGACGGCAGCUGCAACCUGGACUGUAAGCCGGACGCCCCCGCGAGCAGGAUACGGCGCCCCGAGCAUGCCGGGGGCAGCCUGGAGGGCGGCUACGACGUCGGGGACGCGGUGGAGUACUUCGGCGCCACGCAGGGCAAGUGGAUACCCGCGAAGGUGCUCAGAGUGAACGGGAACGGCACCUGGGACCUGGACUGCAAGCCGAAUGUGCGGCAGGACAAGAUCAGGAGGUUGUUGGCCAUUGACGCCGCGUACGCGGAGGGCGAUGCCGUGGAGUACUAUGGCGCGACCCAGGGCAGAUGGGUCCCCGCCAAGGUGUUGAAGGUGAACCCGGAAGGGACCUUCGACCUGGAUUGCAAGCCGAACGUCGCGCCUGGCAGGAUCCGCCCUGUCGCCGGCACCUCCACGUCGUCUAUAGGCUCUCCCCGCACCUCGCUGGCGGGGCCGCCGACCACGGCGGGCAGCCUGCCGAGCCUCCCCGCGAGCCCCCGGGGCUCUCACGCAGGCGAUUCGGAGCGAGUUGGGGACACGGUGGAGUACUUCAGCUCGUCGAUGAAGAAGUGGAUCCCAGCCAAGGUGACGAAAACGCACCCGGACGGGACCUACGACCUCGACUGCAAGCCGAACGUGCCCCCGGAUAAAGUCCGGAGGCGCGCGCCCGACCCGCGGCCGCGGCCCUCGUCGGGCGGCGGUCCGCCACCGCCCACGGCGCCGGGAGACGGCGCUGCGGAGCCCGCAUAUGCGCCCGGGGAGG